UGAUGAAUUUCAUCAGUAAGUAAGAUCUUGUACUCAGGGAGCGCAUAUAUCGGAUGAUGAUGAUCUAAACACUACUACUACUAGUACCACACAUUUUUUAAAUUCUCAAUCAUUGUUUUUUUUGUGUGUCGAGUAUAUUACUUGCUACAUAUAUACAAACUGUUAAAUCUAUUUGGGGGAAUAUUGUUUGUUUGAAUGAAUGUAUGAAAAACAAGAAUUGGAGAUGGGCGGCGGCGGUGGUCAUGAGAUCUCGAAUAAUAAUCUACCUCGUCCAAGAUUCCUUGUUAUUUUGUUAAUAAUUGUUUCGGUUUUCAUCUUCCUUGCCUUUUCAUCAUUCUCUCAACAGGAGGAAAAUUCAGUAGAAGAGGUACAUGAAAUUACACAUAGGACAUUUCUGGAUAUUGAUAUCGAUAAGCAAAGAUUCGGAAGAAUUGUUAUUGGAUUGUAUGGUGAAGUUGUACCUAAAACUGUCGAGAAUUUUCGAGCUCUGUGCACAGGCGAAUUGGGAAAGGGUGUCAGUGGUAAGCCAUUACACUAUAAGGGAAUACCUUUCCAUCGUAUCAUACCCGGGUUUAUGAUUCAAGGUGGAGAUACUGUAUAUGGCAACGGGAGAGGAAAUGAAUCUAUUUAUGGUGGAGUUUUUCGAGAUGAAAAUUUCAAGAUCAAGCACUCACAUGCAGGUAUGGUGGCCAUGGUCAAUUCAGGACCAGAUUCUAAUGGUGCACAGUUUUUCAUCACUACAGUUAAGACCUACUGGUUGGAUGGGGAACAUGUUGUUUUUGGAAAAGUGAUUGAAGGCAUGGAUACAGUGUAUGCAAUUGAAGGGGGAGCUGGUACUUACAGUGGAAAACCCAGAAAAAAGGUUGUGAUUGCAGAUUCAGGUGAAAUUCCUAAGAGUGAGUGGGAUGUUGUAUUACAAAGUGAAACGGUUGAAUCAUGACAAUAUCUUUUCGCAUGAAUAGCUAUAGGUUUUACAAAAUCGGUAUGUUUCUUUGGACAGUUUGACGAUACAUUUAUUUGUAUCUAUCUUCUCAUCACAGUUAUUGUAUUAAUGAUGAUUAUCAUCUUCAGUAAACAUUGGUAUAUACUUGCUUAUUUAUGAUA